AUGUCUGGGGCAGCAAAAGGGACUCCGGUGGCAGGCAGACGGCGACCGUCAUCGCCGCAGCCUGGGGGCGAGACGGUGACCAUCAUCGCUGCUCUGUCUGCCUGCUGCAACUCCAACUGCCGCAAUAGCAGAGACAGACCAGCAACGGCCUCGUCAGGACAAGCGCACGCCACCGACCAGCCCUGGCGGCCGCGUCCGUCACGUCUGAGUCCGGUAGCCAGGUGUGGAAGGGGGUGUCUCAUGUCAUGGAACCGCUGGGUGCAUGCGACGGACCUGCACGUCGCGCAGGCAUCCAAAACCCCGGAAAUGGGCGACGGUUGUGACUGGCCUCGCCACGCUGAGCGUUUGACCCGCUCCACAGGCAGGAAACACUUGAACAGGCAGGCCAACGGUGGCCCAGCUGGCCGCGCGGAGAGCGGGUGCCAGGCUGCCAGCACUGCGAUCGCUUUUAGCCGCUGGGCCAGGGCUCGCCAUUGGCACACGCCGCCAUGGGGCAGUUCAAGCAGAGUCAAGAAAGGCCCGUCCAGGAUGUGUGCUGCAGCACCGUGCCAGCCACUUUCGCGAUGUUACCUCCGCUCAACGGUGCCCGUCGACCGAGUUGUGGACGUGGGCAAUCUAUACCUAGCAGUACCAGAGAAAGAAAGAAAGAAAGAGAGAGAGAGAGAGAGAGAGAGAGCGCAAUUGGUGGCGCCCCACGAAAAUGCAACAACAGCCCGCGAGCAACGGCGGCGCCCAAGCCCAGGAUUAAACAGCACAGGCGGAUUGUGUACUGUGCCGCGAGACGACGUCAAAGAAUCUGGGGUCCGCCGCCUGUCUGCCAAGCAUUCGGAUCCACACGUCGCGCCGCGCCCAUCGUUGCUUGCUGGCUGCACUUUUACUUGGUCGCUCUCCUGGCCCAUUUUAUGCUCCGAGCCGGCUAACUCAGCCUGCCAGUCGUCUCGCUCCCAAUGCGGCUUCGUGCAUCGUGUCCUGGUUCGGGCAAAUAAUAAUACACGCAUGUCCCAACCACCUCUUCCUCCUCCAUCGCUCCCUUUGCCAAACACUUCUCGCCCACCUUCAGAUAUGACAGAGACGCAAAAGCUUCCCGUCUUCUCGCCGCCGGGCUUCUUGGAUUUUCCUCACCGGCGAUUGCCCCCGCUUGACCAGCUCAAACCACUAGAGAUUCCACCAAACGCUGUACCACCACGGUCGGACCGCCAAUUCCGCUCACCCAGCAACACCCAACUGCCUUCAAUCCAUUCUGGAUUGCCUCCACGGCACGAUUACCAGCCGCCAACGACAGUACAUAGGCCCGCUGCGGCACCUGUCGAAAAGUUGUUAUUGCAACAACCCAACCAGUAUACCCCUCCCCACUCGAAUCCGCCCUAUUCUCCGCAACAGUAUGGACCUCCCAUCUCACCUCGCUCCGAAUAUGACGGUAGAGGACCGAGGAGAUUGACUGAGCAACACUACACCUACGAAGAACCUCGGCAUGUCCAGCACCACCCUCAACAACAUGCACACGUCCACCCACACUCGCAACCGCACCCACACCUACACCCACACCCACAUUCACACUCACACUCAAACUCCCAUCCUCCACAACCGCAUCCACACCAACAUGCACAUGCACACCAGCACCAUGAGCAGCCGUAUUCGUCCCUUGCAUCACCAGUAGAGCACUCGCAGCAAAGAGCAUAUGCCCCACUCCCGUCACCUGGAUACGCGCCGAGCUAUGCGUCAAGCAGUACUCCAUUCCGGGGAUCUGUUGGCUCACUGCAACACUCGCAGCGUGGUUCCAUAGCGGCUCCCUUGAGAUCGGUGGCUUAUUCUGAGCCUCCUGCAGCGGCCCCUCCACCCCGGAAACAGUCACGCACAAUCCCAUUACCAGGCUCCAUACCGCAGCCCGUAUAUAACGAACAAUUGAAUCUCAACUAUGAGCUUCGUGUGCGGCAACAACCGAUAGCGGCCCGGGCAUGCGGAUUUGGGGAACGUGAUCGAAGAGUUAUCGACCCUCCUCCGAUCAUCCAGCUACUGGUAACAGAUCCCAAGACUGGUGCUGCGGAGCCAGAAGAGCUUCGGUAUUCGCUCAAUGUGGUCCAUUGCACGUUAUGGAACGCGGAAGGUACAAAUGAGGAGACUGCGCUCGUACAGCCGGAUAGACGAACGACGCGCAGACUGAUGGGUCAGCUGGUGGCAUCACCCUCGGUUGCAAAGGACGAACACGACGUCGAAGGCUGCUUUUUCUGCUUCCCGGACCUCUCCUGCCGCACACACGGAAAAUACAGACUUCGAUUCGUACUUAUGCGCAUCGAUCCCAUGAACCUCCACGUCGGUGGAUUUUCACCCAUCCUUACCGAGGUUCUGAGCGAUGUGUUCACCGUCUAUACCGCCAAAGACUUUCCUGGGAUGCGGCCCAGCAGUGCUCUGACCAGGGCGCUCAAGUUGCAAGGAUGCAACAUUCAAGUGAAGAAGGGCAACGAGAAGGCCCUGGCCCGCAAAAGGCUUACCACAAGCCAGGAACACGACAGUAUUGAUGAUGAGGAACAAAAGCGACGUCGGAGAGACUAA